AUGGACCUUCAGUUGACAGAGCCGGUAACGCUGCCCCCAAACCGGGCUCAGACUGCAGCGGCUCGGGCUCCCUCCGCUUCCGCUCCCUCCUUGGAAGUGGCUGCAGUGCCAUCUGUCAGUUUGCAGGGGCUCAUGAGGGAUCUCCCUCGCGAAAUUGUUGAGCAUCACACCAUCGUAAAGCAGAAGCCCGAGUACAAGACGGUGGAGAAGCCCGUGGAGAUACCGGAAUAUGAGGUGUCCGAGCAGGUCCAGGAGGUGGUCACCCGCAUUACUCAAGAAAAGGUGAUCGAAGUACCGCAGACACAUAUAGUCGAAACACUGCGGCAAGUGCCAGUUCCUGAAUAUCAGGAGGUCGUCAGGGAAGUGCCUUUGCCGAUCGUGGAGGGUAGAGAGAUGGUGCAAGAGGUGCCGACCGUGCUGCAAAAGGAGGUGGCCGUAGAGGUGCCUCAGGUGCAGGUUCUUGAGUGCGUCAAGCAGGUUGCCCGCAUCGUGGAGCAAAGGGUGAACAAGCCUUAUGCAAAGCCAGUGUAUCAGUUCAGGGAGCGAGCGGUGGAAGUCCCGCAGACAUUGGUGCACGAAGAGAUCACGGAGGUUCCCGUGCCUGCUCGGAUUGAGCUGGUGAAACAAGUAGCCAAGGUGGAGGUGCAGCAGGUGGAGCGCCAGGUUGAGCGGCCGCAAGUCCAGAUAACGGAGCGUUUCGAGGAUGUCCCCCAUAUCGAGGUCCAAGAGAACAUCAUCGAGGUUCCCAAAGUGCAGCUGCGCGAAGUUGUGCGCCAGGUCCCAAAGGUGGAGGUGCAGUACGUGGAAAAGAAAGUUGCCAAGCCUGUCUUCGAAUACCGAGAACGGGUUGUCGAAGUUCCUCAGGUUAUCUACCAGGAGAGGAUUGUAGAGGUGCCGGAGGUGGAAAUCCGAGAGGUUGUGCGCAAGGUACCCAAGACAAUCGUCCAGUACGUGGAUAAGCGUAUCCCGAAGAAGGACCUUCGCUACUAUGAGCGAGUUGAGGAGAUACCAGUUCACCUCCAGCACGAGCAACCGGUGGAGGUGAUGCAGGUCAUGGCAGUUGAGCAGAUCCGCCAGGUUGCAAAGGUACAGUGGCAAGACGCCCCGAGAGAGUUCCCCAAAGUGCAGCUGCAAUCGGAGACCAAACAUGUGGAGGUGCCCAUUCACUUGGUUCACGAAAAGCCGGUCGAGGUGGAGGAGGUGGCAGCGGUGGAAAUUGUGACCCAAAAGCUACGACCAAAGUUUGAGCCACGGGAUCGUGUCGUGCCAAAGCUCACGACAGAAGUGCAGGAGCGCAUCGUGCACGUGCCACAAGUCCUUGUUGAGGAGCAGGCAGUCGAACUUCCGCAGGCCAAUCUCGUCGAAGUUGUACGUGAGGAGCUGGCACCCAUGUACCAGGAAGUCAUAAAGGAAGUUCCAAGGGUAGCAAUGAACUACAUCGAGCGUGUGGUCGAGGUAGAAACCUCCGCGGUGAAUGAGAAACAGGGCUCCGUGCCAGCAGGCGUGACAGGUUAUGUUUCUCAGCCUGGCUCCAUGACCUUUUCCGGACCUACCCUCGCAAGUGCACAGGUGUGGCCACAAAGCUGCACAGUGCCCUCCACUAUUCGUGGCCCCGCUUCCAUUGCGAGCUCGCGCACGCCAUCCCCCAUCCGAGUACAGGCAUCAGGCGUUCCCAUGAUGGAGCCUGUGGCGGGGCUUCCAAUGAGCCGGGGCAGUGGGAGCAUUCCGUUCAGGUGA